AUGAUAAUAAAAAUAAUAAAAAAAAUAUUUUUGUUGGUAAUUUUAUCUUUAUUUUUUGGUAACAACAACAAUAAUAAUAACAUAUAUAAUAUAAAUGGUAUUGUUUUCGCACAAUUACCAGGACUUCAAGGUGGAGGUGGAGUAACAAGUGGAUUAAUGGGAUCAUCAUUAUCAAUGGGGGGGCCACGAUCAAAAUCAUCAAGUAUUACAAGUCCAGCAAUAGAUAGUUCACUAUUAUCAACACCAAUUGGUGGAAAUUUAUUCCCAAUAAAUAAUAAUAAUAAUAAUAAUAAUAAAAAUAAAAAUAAUAAUAAUAAUAAUAAUAAUAAUAAUAAUAAUAAUAAUAAUAAUAAUAAUAAUAAUAAUAAAAAUAAUAAUAAUAAUAAAGCAACAAAUGGCUUAUUAAAUAAUGAUCUAACAACAGGUGGUUUAAUUUCUUCACCAAUUCUAGCAACACCAUCAAGUCAAAAAUCAGAUUUGACAACAUCUUCAACAUCUUCAACAUCUUCAACAUCUUCAACAUCUUCAACAUCUUCAACAUCUUCAUCAACAUCUUCAACAUCAUCAUCCACAAUAUCAAAUAGUAUUAUUCCAUCUUUUACAACUACAACUACAACAACAACAACAUCAAUAUCGACAAUACCAUUAAAAACAGCAUCACCAACAUUUUCCCCUGAACCAAUUAAUGAAAUUGUAAAUGAUAAAAGUGAUUCAAGUAAUAGUAUAGCACCACCACAAAAUACAUUAUUAUCAAGAAUACCAAAAACAACAAUUUUAAAAAAGAAACCAGACCCAACUCCAAAACCAACAAUAAAUAAUUUAAACUUAAUAAAUGAAGAUGAGGAGGAGGAUGAGGGGGGAGAACAAUUUUCAGAAUCAGAAUCAGAUUAUAAUACAUUACCAACUCAAAUUAUGGUUUGUGUUGGUAGUAUUUGUCCAAAUGGUGCAUGUAUGGAUGAUUCACCAAAUUGUGUUGGUCAAUUAAAUGAUAUUACUACAAGAUGUCCAUACGAUACACCAGUUAGAUGUCCAGAUGGAUCAUGUAGUCAAUCAUUAGGUUUAUGUCAAUCAUUAACUUUAAAUUGUACACUUGGUAUUUGCCCAAAUGGUCAAUGUGCACCAUGUAAUCAAUAUGAUGGUUGUCCAAUUGAUAUUCCAUUUCAAUGUCCAACUGGUGUUUGUUCAAAAUUUGCAUCACAAUGUCAAAAAUGUUUAAAUGGUCAUAUGAAAUGUUUUGAUGGAUCUUGUCAAUCACCUUGUCCAUAUCCACCAUUUUAUUAUAAACCAAUUACAUUAUCUAGAAAUUUAAUUAAUGGUAAAAAAGAUACAAAAGUAACAGUUAAUAGUUAUGAACAACCAUUGGAUUAUAAUUCAAAACAUAUUAAAAUAUUGGAUAUUUAUAUUGAAUCUGAAACAAUACCAAGUAAUACAUUAUUGAAAAUUCAACCUGUAGCCGACUCUUCAGUUGAAUUAAUUAAAGGUGAGGAAAGUUGGCCUGAUAAUUAUAAUUACCAAUUAGCAUUAUUAUCACCAAUCAUUAAUAUAACUGCUUCUUAUAAUGGUACUUUAUUAAAAAAUUUUAAAAAAAAAAUUAGAUUUGAAUUUAAUUUAAUUAAUAAUCCUGCAUUUGAUAUUAAUUUUAUGUGUUUUGGAUUUAUAAAUGAAACAAGUGGUAAAUGGGAAAAAGUUUCAAAUGUUACAAUUGAAAAUUCAAUGAUGGUUGGUUAUACUGAUCAUUUUACAUCAUUUGCAAUGUUGACAUCAUAUAAUGGUGAUCCAAUUAUUGGAACAAAUUAUAAAGGUAUAAAUUCUCAAAAUAAUAAUAAUAAUAAUAAUGGUUCUCCAUUUACAAUGAGAGAGAAAAAUAUUCCAAGAUUAAUGGGAAUUGUAUUUGGAUGUAUUGGUGCAUGUCUUUUAAUAAUUAUAAUUGGUGUUUGUUGGCACCAUUCUUCAAAACAUGGUGGUCUAAGACAUUGGCUAAUAUCUCGUGCUGCCUCCUCUUCAAAUAUUAGAAGUAGUAGUAGUAGUAGUGGUAGUCCAAAAAUUAGUGAAUCUGGUGAAAUAAUAUUAAAUAAUAGCACUAGUAGUGUAGUAAGUACUACUAGUCUUUGUAGCAGUAGCAGUACCAAUAAUCUUGUAAAUAGUAUAAGUAGUAGUAAUUUAAAUAUUAAUAAUAGUACAAGUAUUAAUAUAAAUAAUAAUGAUUAUAAUAAUAAUAAUAUUAUUAAUAACAAUAGUGAUGGACUAAUAAAAAAGUAA